CUUAUCAGCGAUAACAGAUGAUAGAGUGCGAACCGCGACCGACGUUGUUGUGGGACGGCGACAACGGCGACCGCGUCUGCGACCAGCGCACGAAAACCGAUUGUCCGUCAAUAACUGCAUCUGCCGUAUUCGUUUACCACCACUAAACCGUCGUCCGUAUCAGAUCGCUUCCGCCUGUGUCGGUAGUGGUGGUGGUUGGUGGUGGCGGUGGUUCGAGUUAGCCGCGAACGGACAGAUAGACUCUCGCGUACAACGACAGUCCGUCGCCGACGUGCUUCGCGUGCUUGAGCGUUUCUUCUUCUCUGCCGUCCGUUCUACCCACUUGUGCCGCCGUUUGUCGUAUAAUAUAUUUUUUUUUGUUAUUAUUAUGUUCCGUUUCGAAGUGUACACUGCCGUACUGACGACACAGUGAACGAUACCAUGAAAACCAUUUUGUUUUACGUUUGCGCGGCGUUGGCCGCAACCGUGUCCGGUGUCUGGUCGCUGUCCGUGUACACCGACGACGACCGUACGCGCGUACCGCAGCCGUUCGUCAACGACGUCGUCGUCGAUUACGGUUCGUCCGCCAACCGUGCCAGGACCAAACGGGAGAGCUUGACUACGUCGUCGUCGCCGCCGUCGAUACUGCCCGGCGUCUCCGACGGGAACUUGACGUCUAAAGUUUUUCAUUUAAAUGAAACUCGGCAACAAUUGAUGGUACACUGGGUUGGUGAAAACUCAAAUGUUAUCAUAUGUUUGGCGCGUGAAGGAUAUCCUUCUUCAUCUGUAUACAUAUCAUAUGAUUAUGGAGAUACCUAUGUUAAUAAGACGGAAGAAUUUAAAAUAGAUGCUACUAAAAAUCUAUAUGCUUCUAUUGAGAAAUUUUACAUUCAUCCUACCUUUAAAACACAUUGUGUAUAUACAGAUAUAACUAAUCGUAAAAUAUUCACAACAACUGAUCAUAGCAAAACUAUCAAAUCUAUUCCACUGUCAUUUAUGCCCAGUGAAGUGACUUAUAAGCCUGAUGAACCACUUGUGUUUAUUGUCCAUGACAAAGUUAACCCUACAAAACAAUUAUGGAUAACUCAUGAUUUUGGUAUCACAUGGAAUUUGCUCGAAGAGCGUGUCAAAUCAUAUUUCUGGAUUCCAUCAAAAUGGGAUUUGUAUAAAAGUGGACGUUCAUUGAUUAUACAACGUGAAGAAUCAGCAACAACAUCCACUGUAAUUGCUGUUUCAGAAAAUAUCAAUUCUGGUCAAAAUAAUUUAACUACUUUAGCUAUUAAUGUAUUACAAUUAAAAGCAAGAGAUGACUACAUGUUUGUGACUGUACAACUUUCAAAGAAUAAUUUAGAUUUAUUGGUUAGCUACAAAGGAGGAAAUUUUGUCCGUACUCGGUUUGACACUGAACUUGACAGACGUGAUUAUCAUAUUGCAGAUAUCACUGCUAAUAGAAUAAUGGUUGCUGUAGCUCACACUCGUACUUUGUCAAACUUAUAUAUAUCUGAUGUAAUACAGUCUUCUAAUGAAGACACUUUAGUAUCUUUUAGUUUGUCUCUAGAAAGAGUGGUCGCAUAUUUCCCUAACAUUACAUGGACAGAAUCUUUAAUUAGUGAUUUGUGGGCUGAACCAUUUGCAGAUAUACACAAAGUUAAAGGCCUUCAAGGAAUCUAUAUUGUUUCACAGAUUUCUGCUUCAAUGCCGACAGGAAGUGUGGAUAUAGGUCCAGAGCAUAUUGUGACUCUUAUCAGUUUUAAUUGGGGUUUUGAUUGGCGAUUGUUAAAUGUCACACGAUCUUUUUCUCAUUGUGAAAAGUCGGACAAUUGUUCUUUACAUCUUACUCAAAUGUUUGCUCACGUGUAUCCUGUCACUAGAACUCAUACGUUUAUUUUAUCAUCAAAGUCUGCACCUGGAAUUAUUAUGGCUACUGGAGUAGUUGGUAAAUCAUUAAAGGGCAAUCCAGGAGUUUUUGUCAGUAGAGAUGCUGGACUCACGUGGCGACAAGUAUUAAAAGAUAUGCAUUUUUAUAACAUUGGUGAUCAUGGAGGCAUUUUGAUUGCUGUCCGGUACUACAAAGGUGAAAAAGAAGAAACCAGUCAAAUUCUGUAUUCAACUGAUGAAGGAGAAACAUGGCUUGAGAAAAAUUUCACUAACAGUCAAAUAAAAGUUUAUGAGUUGAUGACUGAACCUGGGGAAAAUACUACUGUUUUUACUAUGUUUGGCUCAGUUAUGGAAAAACAUGAGUGGUUAAUAGUUAAAAUUGAUUUAAAGAAUGCAUUUUCUUAUAACUGUACUAAAAAGGAUUACAAAUUUUGGUCACCUACCACUUCAAAAGAUCAUUUAAAGACAUCUUGUGUUCUUGGUCAAACACAAAUAUUUCAAAGAAGAGCGCCUAAAGCAAAUUGUUACAAUGGAAUGAAUUAUGAUCGACCAAUUCAGACCAUGACAUGUGAUUGUGAUAUUGAAGAUUAUACAUGUGAUCAUGGAUUUACAUGGUUUUCAAAUUCUAAACAAUGUAUUAGGAAUAAAACAAGUAGCUUUGAUCCUUAUUUAAUUCCAUUGUCUUGUAAACCUGGUUUAAUGUAUAACCGUACAAAAGGUUAUCGUUUAAUACCUGGAGAUAUGUGUAAAAAUGGACGUUCAUUAGAAUUCAUGCCUCAAGAAGUUCCGUGUCCAUUUGAAGAAAAGUCAGAAUUUAUUUUAGUUGCACAAAAAGAGCGUAUUCUUAGGUUGAGUGGUAAUUUAUCAUAUGAAGUAUUACCUGUGCGUAAACUUGAAAAUGUCAUUGCCGUAGAGUUUGAUGUGGAAAGUAAUUGUGUUUUUUGGGCUGAUAUUGUUACUGAUACUAUUGGGCGACAAUGUUUAUCUGAUGGUAAACAAGGACCAGAAAUUUUGGUGAAUUCUGGUCUUAGUAGUGUCGAGGGAAUGGCAUAUGAUUGGAUAUCUAAGCACCUUUAUUUUGUUGAUGGUGCAUUGUCUAAAAUAGAAGUUAUACGUACUAAUACUAAAAUUCCUGGACACAUGCGCAAGACUAUAUUAGGUCCUACUCAUCUAAAGAAACCUCGAGGGUUAGCAGUUCACCCUAGACUCGGUUAUUUGUUUUGGACUGAUUGGGCUGUUGGUGAAGCUAAAGUAGCAAGAGCUAAUUUAGAUGGAUCUGAUGUGAAGACAUUAAUUAGUAAUGAUUCUAUUGAAUGGCCAAAUGGACUAGCUGUUGAUUAUAUAGCUGAACGAUUAUAUUGGGCAGAUGCACGACAUGAUUACAUAGCUUCUUGCGAUUUACAUGGAAACAACAUAAAAAAAGUUAUAAAAAAUGACGAAAAAGUUUCUCAUCCAUUUGCUGUAGCUAUUCUCAAAGAUUGGAUCUAUUGGGAUGAUUGGAAACAAAAUUCUAUAUUCAUGUCAGAUAAAGAUCAUGGAGCUAAAAUACAAACAGUUGCUUCACAUUUGCCAGGAUUAAUGGAUUUAAAAGUAUUUUCACAUAUGUCACAAAUUGAUACAAAUGCAUGUUCAAAUAAUAACAAAUGCUCUCAUUUUUGUUUUGGUUUACCAAAUCAAAUGUUUUCUUGUCAAUGUCCAGAUAAUAUGAGUAAAUCUGAUAAUAGUUGUCUUUGUCCUGGUCUUAAGGAACCAUUUUCCAAUGGAACUUGUCCAUCAGCUGGUCAAACUUGUUCAGUUGAUUAUUUCCAAUGUGCUAAUAGUAACUGUGUGCCUAAAUAUUGGCAAUGUGAUGGGGAUAAUGAUUGUGGAGAUAAUUCAGAUGAAGUCAAGUGUACUAAAGUUUCAUGUGGUCCAAACUCAUUCCAAUGUGAUAAUGGAAAGUGUAUUCCAUCAUAUUGGACCUGUGAUUUUGAUCCUGAUUGUGAGGAUAGUUCAGACGAAAUAAAUUGCAAAUAUUCAAAUUGUUCGGUUGGACAAUUUCGGUGUAAAAAUGGUCGAUGCAUUUCAACGCAUUGGCGUUGUGAUUUAGAAGAUGAUUGUCAUGAUGGGUCAGAUGAGGUUGACUGUUUAAACAUUUCCAACAAUUCUUCAUCAACUUGUCCACCAAGUAGUUUCCAUUGUCCUGGUACUGCAAAUACUUGCAUUCCAGUCAAAUGGCAAUGUGACGGUGAAAAAGAUUGUCCUGAAGGUAAAGAUGAACUUAAUUGUGAUAUACCAACUUGUGAGUCUUGGCAAUUUGAGUGCGCCAACAAGAAAUGUAUAUUUGCAUCUUGGAAAUGUGAUGGAGAUGAUGACUGUAAUGAUGGAUUAAAGAGUGAUGAAGUUAAUUGUACAUCUACAAAUAGGACUUACCCUGUUGAACCAACUACUCCAUCUUUACCAUUCAUCACUAAUGGAACAUGUAGUGAAUGGUUAUUCCGCUGUAGUAAUGGAAAAUGUAUUCCUUAUUGGUGGAAAUGUGAUAAUGUAAUGGAUUGUGAAGAUGGUUCAGAUGAAGAACAAUGUGGAACUUUAACUCCUACUAUUUCUAAAACAAACAUGUCGAUUGUAACUCCUAAAAAUAUGUGCCCUCAACAUUAUUUCCAGUGUAACUCUGGUUUAUGCAUUGAAGACUCAUGGGUAUGCGAUGAAAUUUUUGAUUGCGAUCAGGGUGAAGACGAAACUAACUGUAAAAACAAUAAUUUUGUGGGUCGUUGUAAAAAUAAUAGCAGAGAAUUUAAAUGCCGGAUAUCUGGGUCAUGUAUUAGUAUUGAAAAAGUUUGUGAUGGUACCCCACAAUGUCCAGAUGCUAGUGAUGAAAUGUUUUGUACCAACAAUAACCAAACUCCUGGAACACCUAGUUGUGGAGUGGGUCUAUUCCCGUGUGAUGGCAGUAGAUGUAUACCAGCAUCAAAACGAUGUAAUCGCCAUAAAGAUUGUUAUGAUGGCACUGAUGAAGAUUAUUGUGAUACAAUAAACGAUACCUUCAGUAUACAAGUGGCUUUAAUGUUUAUUGAUGAACACGAAACAACUUCAAAUACUCUGUCUUUGUAUUGGGCAGCACCAAGAAAUUUGAGUUUGGAAUAUUUACCUUCUAUCAGUGAAUCACGUAUGCCAGAAACAUCAGUUAAUAAAACAUGGGUGUCUUUGACUAAUUAUAAGUUUACAUCACUCAAGCCAUAUACUACAUACAAUAUGACUAUAUAUGUCCGUCAAAAAGAUGUACCUAACAUUAUCUACCCACCUGCCUUUUUCAUACUGGCAUCAACUGCUGAAGGCGUUCCAAGUGCUCCUUUGAAUGUAAUAGUUAAACAAGUAAAUGCGGAAGAAGUCUUAGUCACUUGGACUAGACCAGAAAAUCCAGCUGGUCGUAUUUUGUCUUACAAUGUUUAUGUUGAGCCACCUCACCCAGCUAUGGUUUUGUCUGUUGAAGCUGAUUAUAAUAAUAUCACACAAUCUUACCCUGUUCGAUCAUCAUUAUACCGUAGAAAAAUUGAAUAUAGUUUUUGGGUUACUGCCAAGCUAUCAGAGUUUGAAUCUGAACGUUCUGCUGUAAAAAGGUUCCAUUUCGACGAGGAUUCUCUAGUAGAUGUUGAUUUAAAAUUAAACAUAACUGCAAGAACAGAAAAUAGUAUCACUAUAUCUUGGGAAAGUGUUGAACAUGCAGAUGGUUUUAGUAUUGUUUCUUCAGCACCAGUUAAAGAAGGGCCAUAUCCCAAUUCUAUUCAAUCAUUUAAUGUAUCUAACAACAACAAUCCAUUAAAAUUUACAAUUACUAAAUUGUCACCUGGUGUUACAUAUACAAUAAAUGUAAUACCAUACAAUAUGCGAUAUGUUGGUAUGAAAUAUACAAUUGUAACAAAAACUGACGGUCAACCAUUACCAUCUGUGACAAAUAUAACUGGCUCUUUGGUCAAUAUAAAAGAUAAGAAAGAGUCAACAAUUAGAGUACAAUGGAAUGCACCCAAACAGUAUGGAAGAACUAAAUGGAUCUAUGGGGUUUAUUAUGGUACAAAUGUUAAUGACCUCCUAAAUGGUCCAAAAUAUAAUACUUCAGCAACUAUAGCCAUUCUAGUCAAUAUUGAAUCUUGCUCAUCACUUAUGAUUGAUGUUGGUGUCAUUGGUCCCAUUGGUAUUGGACCAUUGUCUAAGAGACCGUUUAAUAUUAUAACUCCAUUUGAUCCAACUGUUCCACCUAAAGAUAUAAAAAUUGAACAAAUUGAACACUCAAGUCAGCCAAUGAUUCUUAUAAGUUGGAAAGCAUCUUGUCACCCAGUUCAACAGUCUUACAAAGUAAGUAUUUUGGAAUCCAACAAAAAUAAAAAUUUUGAUGUUAUUGUUCCAAAUGUAUCUGACACCGAAGCUUCAUUGCAUUUUUCUGUUAACUACGGUGGAAAUUACUAUAUUCGUAUUUCAACCUCGACACCAAAUGCUGUCCCAUCAUCAUUGAUUAAUUAUCGUGCCCCAGAAUUGCCUUCUCCACACCAAGUUAAAGUAUUUAGCAUGCCGGAUGGUCAUUAUGAAAUAUAUUGGCAUAAACCUAAUGUAACUUUUCUACUUAAGUCAUCGAUGAUUCAUUAUUUGGUGCAUAUGUCUGAAGGCAGUGAAUUGAAUGUCACAACUGCCAAGACUUAUCAAGCUGAAGAUAGUCCAUUUAUUAUCAUUGAUCCUCCAACAAGUAACAAAUUAUCUGUGGCUGUUCAACUAGCAACAAAUGAAGGUUAUGUAUCUAAAAUGUCCGAAGUAUUCUCAUUUAUACCUCAAAAUGUUGAUAAUGUAUCUUCAGAAGUAGUCGUUGUUGGUGUCAAUACCGGGUGGAUGUCUAUGAUUUUGGUAUUAUUAGUUAUAGGAUUAUCUGCAGGUUUAACAUAUUUUGUUAUUCGACAUCGGAACUUGCAAAAUAGCUUUGUGCAAUUUGCCAAUAGUCGAUAUGAUACACGGUCGGGAUCAGCUACUUUUACUGGAGUUGAUAGUCUUGAUGAUGAGCCAGCAGUUCAAGGCUUUUCAGAUGACGAGCCACUAGUCAUUACUUAACAAUUAUCAACUGAUCGUUCCGUCAUCUGUGAUAAAGCGUAACCAUUUAUCUCAAUCCAAGUGACAUAUUAUUUAUAUUUAUUAGAAUUUAACAUAAAAGUCUACUUCUUCAUAAUAUUAUUUACUCUUAAUUUUAA